AUGGCAUAUUUAUUUGAUAAUGAUUCUAGUUCUUCUAGUGAUCAUGAUAAUUUCGAUUAUGCUUCCGUUGCAAAUCCUUUUAUGCGUAGGAAAAAAGCUAAUGUUGUAAAUGAGGUAAUUUAUGUUGAAGAAGAUGAUUAUGUUGAUAAAGGAAAAAAAAGUGGGAAAAAGGAUGAUAAUACAAGUUUUGGAAGAAGUGAACGGAAAAAUGAUUAUGAUAAUGUUGAUGUUGGGGAAAAAAUACAUGAUUUUACUUUUUCCAAUAUGAAUGAUGUUGUUCCUUGUAGUGGCAUGUUGUUUGAUAAUUUAGAUGAGGUGGAAAGAUUUUAUCGGGAUUACGGGCGUAGGGUUGGAUUCGAGGUUAUCAUUAGAAAUACUCAUAGGCAUUCUAGAAGCAAUGAAGCUUGUUCACGUAUGUAUAUUUGCCGGCUAAGUGGGAGAGUAUGUUCAAGUUCGGCUAAUGUUGAUGAGGAAUUGAAUUUAAAAAGGACUCGUGAUACAAUUGAUCGGACAAAAUGUAAGGCUCGAAUUUCGGUUGUUCAUAGAGUGAAGACGGAUAAAUGGGAAAUAACCACAGUAGAGUUAGAACACAAUCAUCCAAUGGUUACCCCAGACAAAGUACAAUUCAUGCAAAGAUCGCGUAAUAUAGGUCCGGUUGCCCGAUCUUUAAUUGAGACGUUGAACAAAUCGGGAAUAGGACCCUCAAAAGUGUUGAAAGUGAUGGUGGAAGCUCUCGGUGGAUUAGAGAAUGUUGGUUUUACUAAUCAAGACAUACUCUAG